CUGAACUGGCCGAGCUGGAGGAAAGAAGAAAGGGAGGGGAGGGGAGAAUCGAGGACGGACGGCCUAGCCAGGCCAAGAAUGCAAUUGCCCCGGUGGUGGGAGCUGGGAGAUCCUUUUGCUUGGACGGGACAGGGUCGGGGGACACGCAGGAUGAGCCCCGCGACCACUGGCACCUUCUUGCUGACAGGGGCUGGAGUGAUAUUACAACAGAUAAGGUGCUUGUCUUGCAUGUGACUGACCUGGAUCUGAUCUCUGACAUCCCAUGUGGUCCCCCAUGCCUGCCAGGAGUGAUCUCUGAGAGCAGAGCCAGGAUAUACACUAUAUUCUCAAAGGUGCACUCUGAUCGAAACGUAUACCCAUCUGCAGGUGUCCUAUUUGUUCAUGUUUUGGAAAGAGAGUAUUUUAAGGGGGAAUUUCCCCCUUACCCCAAACCUGGUGAGAUUAGUAAUGAUCCCAUAACAUUUAAUACAAAUUUAAUGGGUUAUCCUGAUCGACCUGGAUGGCUUCGAUAUAUCCAAAGGACACCUUAUAGUGAUGGUGUCUUAUACGGAUCUCCAACAGCUGAAAAUGUGGGAAAACCAACAAUCAUUGAGAUAACUGCCUACAACAGGCGUACCUUUGAGACUGCAAGGCAUAAUUUAAUAAUUAAUAUAAUGUCAGCAGAAGAGUUCCCUUUACCAUAUCAAGCAGAAUUCUUCAUUAAAAAUAUGAAUGUAGAAGAAAUGCUGGCCAGCGAGGUUCUUGGAGACUUCCUUGGGGCAGUGAAAAAUGUGUGGCAGCCAGAGCGCCUGAAUGCGAUCAACAUCACAUCAGCCCUGGACAGGGGCGGCAGGGUCCCGCUUCCCAUUAAUGACAUGAAGGAGGGCGUUUAUGUCAUGGUUGGUGCAGAUGUCCCGUUUUCUUCUUGUUUACGAGAAGUUGAAAACCCACAAAAUCAAUUGAGAUGCAGUCAAGAAAUGGAGCCUGUGAUAACAUGUGAUAAAAAAUUUCGUACUCAGUUUUAUAUCGACUGGUGCAAAAUUUCAUUGGUUGAUAAAACAAAGCAAGUGUCCACCUAUCAGGAAGUGGUUCGUGGAGAGGGGAUUUUACCUGAUGGUGGAGAGUACAAACCCCCUUCUGAUUCUUUGAAAAGCAGAGACUAUUACACGGAUUUCCUAAUUACACUGGCUGUGCCCUCGGCAGUAGCAUUGGUCCUUUUUCUAAUACUUGCUUAUAUCAUGUGCUGCCGACGGGAAGGAGUGGAAAAGAGAAACAUGCAAACACCAGACAUCCAACUGGUACACCACAGUGCUAUUCAGAAAUCUACCAAAGAGCUUCGUGACAUGUCCAAGAACAGAGAGAUAGCCUGGCCCCUGUCAACACUCCCUGUGUUUCACCCUGUAACUGGGGAAAUAAUACCUCCUCUACACACAGACAAUUAUGAAAGCACUAAUAUGCCAUUGAUGCAAACACAGCAGAACUUGCCACAUCAGACUCAGAUUCCCCAACAGCAGACUACAGGAGAUUUUCGUUUGACAACUUUUCAAAGAUUUGAGGUAAAUGGUAUUCCUGAAGAAAGAAAGCUUACCGAAGCAAUGAAUUUAUAAUCAAUUAAAACAGCAGUUGUACCUUAUUUCUUCUCUCUUCCAAUAAUGCAUGAGCUUUUCUGGUAUCUAUUGUGCAUGUUGACAGUAUUAAGUAUGUACCAAAUAAUAUGACAUGAUUUUCAUUUUACUAAUGCAUUAUUUUGUACUCAAAGCAUUUUUGACAAUUUGUAAAACAUUGAGGAAUUUAUAUUUGUUACAAUAAAAAGUGAUCUUUAAAAUAAAUAUUAUUAAUGAA